AUGCGUAAGCUAAUUAGAUAAGGGGUUAGUUAAAUUGGAAUGUGGUUUUAAUAAUCGUUUGCUCGUUAGUAUCAAAAAAUAGAUGAAACUGAAAGUUCAAGUACUGUGAUUAAAACAAAACGAUCCCUGGUCAAAGAGCUAAUACGGUACAAAGUACCAUUUAACUUGGAAACCCAUCCAACACAAGUCAAAAGAUCUAAAAAUUAACAUUUCGUGGCAAGCUAUCAAUUAUUUCGAGAUUGAAAAAUCUUUUGCACCGUGCAACUGAAAGCGCGAUUUUUUCAAACACGUAAACCCUCGUCUUUUAGCGGACUUGAUGAUGGCCAAUCCCGUAAUGCCGCCAAACCCAGCCAUGUCCAUGCCUCCGAACAUGCCCCAGCCGGGGAUGCCUCCUCAGCCUGGCCUCCAGAUGGGUCUCCCGCCAGGUAUGCCCGGAGGAAUUCCAGGAAUGCCCAUGGGCCCAAUGGGGGGAAUGGGAGGUCCCAUGAUGCCCAAUGGUCCUCCUCACAUGGCCAUGUUCCCUAAUCAGUUGAGACUAGACAUGCGGAUCGAUGAAAUGAAUCGACGACUCGAAGCCUUCUCCCAAAGUCGAGUAAGUCCAAUAUCAAUAAAAGACCGAGUAGAGACGCCGAUCGUAAUUUUACACUAAAGGACAAACUUUAUCCCUAAGGAGUUCAUUUUUGCCUAGGAAAAUGUCAAAAACAGGAAUACCGAUGGAUUAUCCAGUUUAGUAUUAGCUAAACCAUUUUUAUUUACAAUCAAAGAGAUAAUGUAAUAUAAUCCCUCCAUUGACAUUCGAAACACACAAAAUGUAUAGUACUUUCUUCCCGCUUUUAUCAUUUCAGACAGGAUUUUGGAGAGACGAGCUUGGAAAAAAGUUGAAAAAUUUAUAAUUCAAGUACGUUGAACAUUAAAAACUGAAUCAAAUAUAAAUUUACAUACCUUGAAUGCCUCAUUCCUUGCAAUGACACUGAGCUAUGCGUAGUUUGCGCUACGAAACAACAUUUUUUCUUGCAAUGACAUAUUUUAUAAAUUCGACAGAAUUCUGUCAAAAAAAUUCUUUUAUUUUUUCCAAUCGUUUUUUUGCAGGUGAAUCUGAAUCCGGAUCAUGUUCAACAAUGGUGGGACGCGUUUUCCAACGAGUUCUUCGAACCAGAGAGUUACAUCACCUAUUCGAUACUUGAGAAUCGACCGGAAGGUCUUUUUCCGAAGAAAUACUGUAAGUUUUCAAGAGUUUUAAUUUUCUUUAACCGUUUUAGAGGAAAGCAAAAGGUUUAGAGACAAUAAGACAUAAUUUAUAGUGUAUUAGAAUCAUAGAAGUUAUGGAAUCCAAUAACUUUUUGUCUUAUUUUAGCCAUUAGUCGAACCUUGAUCCCCCGUCUCUUCAUGACCUACAUGAACUCAGUAACGGAUAUGAAAUUUCAAAUUAAAAGUCAACAGGAAAGGUUCUGUGCCAAUGGAAACGGAAUUGCAAUGGGCGUGGCUUUAGAUGCGGAGGUCGAUUGGAUCAUGAACAUGGAGAAGCCGGUGAAGAUCAACAUCACAGCAAUGUCCAAGUUCUUUGUCGAAUUCGGAAUGUUUGAUGAGACAUUCAGCUAUAGGAUACGGCAUUUAUUUGUGGAAAGUAAAUAUGCGCAAGAAACACCGACAGAAUCUGAUCAGGUACCUUUUUUUUAUUUGUGUGAUGAGUUUAGUGUCUUUCAACUCGAAUAGCUUUUAUGAAGAAUGCUUUCGAUAUUUUAUCGGACAUGCAACCUUGAUUCACGUUUUUAGACCAGAAAAAAAUUUUUUUAAAUUGAUUUUUAUUUACUAUUCCUUUCAGAAAUACCCUCCUCAAACAGUUUGCGGCAUCCCACGGCCGGUAAUGGAGCUCCUCAAAAACGCUGAGAUCCUGGAGCCAAUGCGGCAACUGAUGGCAGCGAGCAAAACAUUCAAUAACACACCUCGAGAGAGUCUAAAAAAGGUAUUAUUUGAUAUGCACCAGACCAAAGAUAAGAUGCAGAGUCGGAUGAAUGUCCCACAACAAAUGCAACCGCAGCCAGUGGAAGAACCGAAAGCCAAGACAACAAGGAAAAGGUCGCGGAAGACAGCAGCGAAUGGAACAGCACCUCAGGCAGCAGGAGGAGGAGGAGGAGGAAGGAAAAAAGGAGGCUCGGCAGCUCAAGCUGGACCUUCUGGACCUCCACCAAAUGGAGUUGGAAUGCCCGGACAACCAUUCCCGCCUGGGGUAAGUGAAGUAUACUUUAAACAGCAGAUUAAUUUGAACCUUUAUAUUAACUAUAGUGAAACAGUUCUUAAGACCUCUGCAAUAUUUCCUUUCAUUAGCACUUGGUCUCAAAAUUACUAUGUUUUUACUAAUCAUUAAGGGAACGCAAGUUAUUUGAGAAUAUUCUGUACAAAUUACACCUUAUUCAGCAAAAUUAGAGGGUUUUGUUUGGGGUUUGAAAGAAAUUAGUUUGAUUGAACACUAAGAAUGUUUGACUAAUGAAAACAAUCCGUAUAUAUAUCAAGUAUAAGAUGGCGCGGCUGUUAGUUUGAUAAGCCCAAUAUUGCUGGAGUCCUUGCGGUGGCAUUCAGAUGGCGUUUGAGGUAUUUUGGAGUAGAUAUAGUUGUAGUGUAAUAGCUUGAGUCUGGCUUGUCUUUCUUUGCCUAAAUUAACGUCGAUUUGUUUCAGUACAACAAUAUGCAGAUGCCCCACGAAGUUAUGACAGUUGCGGAACCCUCAAUGAUGGGAUCAGACUACAUGGGAGAGGACGAGCGUCAAAUCGCGAGGGUAGAGAACUCCCAGUAUGAUCAAAAUGCCAAUAAUAACAUGCAGAGUCUGGAUGUUAUGGGGCAGCCAAACCCAAUGGGAAUGGGAAUGCCUCCAAAUGGACUCAUGAUGCCUCCCAAUUCGAUGAACGGAUCAUGA